AUGUUAAGACCUAAACAACAAUCAAAAAACUCAAAUGAUAAAGAAAAUAAUUCAAACAAACAACAACCAACUACUAGUAUUGCAACCGUGCUACAAUAUAGCAAGCAGUCCGAUUCCACCCUUUCUACUGACCUGCUUAAACACUCACGUCAGCUGCUCGGCAACAGUAGCAGCUAUGUCGACCUAGGAUUACCAAUUGCACUAGUACUACUCCCACUACUCUAUUCAUCGAUUCACCACUCUCUACCGAUGGCAAUUGCCAACUCUACUUCUACAGUUGUAGCUAUUGAACGACUUCUCUUUGCAUCUCUCAUAUCGUCAUCUACAAUUUUCUUUAACAUUCUAAAGAGUAGAAGAUUAGUCUAUCCAAUACUAAUUACUCUCUUACAAUUAUUUGUUUAUCAUCAUUUCUUUGGAUAUCAACUAGUUUGUUAUAUAUUUUUGUAUCUAUUGAUACAGUUUGUUGGUACAAAAAGUUUGUUGACAAUGUUUAGUGGUAGUUUUACGGUUGGAGAAGCAUCGAUUGUUGCACAACUGGUAGGUGCAUUCUUGGUUGAAUCGUUUUGGUACUUGAUCAACAGUAAUGGAUUGUUUGAAUUCAGUAAUAAUUACUUUGAAGUAACCGAUCAACAAGUUAUUUUGAAUACAGUAUUCAUUUUAGCGUUGGGAACUCUCUUGAUUACUACACUGACAUCCCCACUGGUUGAAACGAUACGUCAACCUUAUCACGGACAAUCUUUAACAUCGAAAUCGGUGAUUGCAUUCUAUGUUGUAACAGUAUCGAUCAUUUUUUUCAUUCUAAUGCCAACACUUACAUUGUUAAACAAUGGAUCAAACAUAUUCCUCUGGCUGCUAAACUAUCUAUUGUCAAGUUCUGGCUCAAGAAUACUAUUAAUUGGUUAUUGGGUUGUACUAUUAUCAUUUACGAUAUUCUAUUUCGAUCCUAAUGCAAUUGCUAACAAUAAGAAUAUACCAAACAUUAUCAUUCGAAAGUACUUUCAUUUGUUGGCGAUUGUCAUGUUUGUUCCUGGCAUUGUAUUGCAACUACAUUUCAUGGUGCUUAGCUUUGCCAUUGCAAUUAGUGCAUUGGUGUUGGUGGAACUAUUGAAAUACGGUAGAGUACCACCACUCGCCACUCAACUAUCUACCUAUAUGGAUUCAUUCUUGGAUUCUCGUGACUCUGGUGUGAUCACACUCACCCAUAUCUACCUACUUUUAGGCUGUUCAAUACCGGCAAUCACUUGUUUCUUCUUUGAAAGCAGCACUGCUAUCAAUACAAGUCAUCUACAUCCUCUGUCUGCACUCUCUGGUUUACUAACCAUCGGUGUCGGUGACAGUUUGGCAUCACUUGUCGGAACCAAGUUUGGCAGAACCAAAUGGUUCGGUACCUCUAAAUCUAUUGAAGGUACACUCGGUGGUAUCAUAUCUACAUUCACAGCUGGUGUAAUACUACUCAUCGCAAUACAACCAACAUCUGCUACAUUGUUCAGUGAUGUAAUCAAACUACUGAUCGCUUCAUUCCUAAGUGGAAUACUAGAAGCAUCCACUACACAAAUCGAUAAUAUAAUACUACCAAUCAUAUUCUUUUCAUUACUAAACUGUUAA